AUGUCGCCCAAGAAACGAACAUUGGACCUGGACCGAGUCGUCAGUGACAUCGACCCCAAGCCUGCCCCCAAACGGCGCUCCAGAAAUACCACCAGCACCACCACCGGCACGAGUACGAGUGCGAGCACGAGCACGAGGAUUACCAUAGACCCCCACCGCCACAGCCUGUCUGCCCUCCCCUACCACGUCCUCACCAACAUCCUCUCGCAGCUACCUCCUACUACAUCGCCCGCCUUCCUCCUCACCUGCGCUACCCUCUGCCGUGCUCUUCACGACCCGGCCAUUGCUACUCUCUACUCCUCACCACUCACCUCCCCACCCGCGCGCGCGCACAAGCUCCUUGCCACCCUCCGCGCCCGCCCCUCCCUCGGCGUCAAGAUCCGCACCCUGUCUAUCGAGGUCGAGCCCCUCCUCACCACAAAGCUCUCCGGCGUUCCCUGGUAUCUCGCCGAAUUCCUCCAGCUCAGUGCUGGCCUGCGUCAUCUCCGCUUCAUCCAUAGCGCCGACCAUCCAACGCGCUGGCGAUACCCAGAUACCCUAUGGGCGGCGCUCGAGGCCUCCAAUUCCACCACCCGCCUGCACACUUGGCGAUGGGACCGCAGCCUCAUCCCAAAGUCACUGGACUACGCUGACCUGCGUGCCAUCACAAUCCGCUGCUUCACAGCCCUGCGCGCGUUGGAGAUACAAGGCUUUGGCGGCGACAGCGACGAGGACGAGGACGAUGAAGAUGCACAACACAUGAUAGACAUACUCGCGCUCAUGCCCCGCAUCACGGACAUCGACCUCACAAACUGCUACAUCGUAAACACCCACUUCCUAAAUCUCCUUUCCACCACAACCGCCCGCUUCCACGACCUGCAGUUCACGGCCUGCAUCAACCUCUCUGGCGACGACCUCGGCGCCCUCCUAGCCUCCCCAGCGUGCCAGAACUUGCGCUCCCUGUCCGUGCAGAAGUGCAACUACUGCUCGCUCACCUUUACGUCCUCUCUCCCGGCGGGGCUGCUGCAUUUCGCGUUCGACGGGCAGGGCGCAGAGACGGAGCUCCUCCCGAGCACGAGCACCCCCGUGUGGCCGGACAGCUUACAGACGCUGCAGGCGACGUCGCUGCGGCGCUGGUCGUCGGGCGAGUGCGAGCGCUUCCUGGAGUCGGUCGUGCGGGCUGUGCCGCAGAUGCGGGCGCUGAGGACCGUGAGGGUGUGGUGCAUGCUCACGGAUAUCGACUGGCGGGAGAGGUCGGCGUUCCGCGAGAAGUGGCUGGCGGAGGUGAGGGGCGUGUUUGGCGGCGCGGAGGUUAGGUUUGAUAAUGCGAGGCCGGCGGAGACGUUGUGGGGGGAGGAGGACUUUGUGGAGAAGAUUUUGGGUGCGGGGAGGAGGGGUGGGGGUGCUGUGAGGGGGAGGGGGGUCGCGGUGAGUGGGAGGGGGGCGGCGAGGGGGGGGGCCAGGGGGAGAGGGAGGGCGAGAGGGAGGGCGAGGAAUACGGUGGUUGUGGUGAAGGAGGUGGUGAGUGAGGGUGAUGAGGACUAUGUGGAUGAUUAG